UUGAAUUCUUUUAGGAUUUCUUCAUGUGGGCCCCUAAAAAUACAUAAAGGGCCCCAAAGCAAUGAGUAACAGAGUGAUAGGGUCCUGAUUGGGACACUAGACAUAGUGAGUAUGAGCAGAAAACAUUACACUAGCUCACCAAGUGCGCUGUGUUGUGUUUUUGUUUUGUUUUGGCACAUAAUGCAUGGAUAACAAACCUCAGUCUAACAAAAAUUUCCCUGCUCUGUUCUUGUUUUGAUUUUUAAGUUCUUGGCUUCAGCUUGAUUAAUGGUUUUAACAUAUGGAUUGGCUACAUCAAAGCGUUAGUAGACAGUAGUCUUCAGUGCCGCCCAUGUGUCCUUUGUGAAAAGAAGAACUGUUUGUUUGUUUUUUGUUUUCCAUUUAAAAAAUGACUGAAUGAUACUCACCUUUCUGAACUGAACAUUUACCCCACUCCCAUGAGAAAAAGGUUUUGGGAAUCCUGCAGAACAAAUGCAAGACAGAUGACUGGCCUUUUGCAUUUGAUAGGGAGUAAUGUCUUAAGUUAUUACCUACUUUCUGAGGAUUUUAAGAUUUUGUACAAACGCAAGUCAAAUUACAGUAAUCUUUGCUGAGGGUUCCUUAUUACCAAGGUUAUAUUCUACAGUAAUUGGAGGCAAUAUCUUGUCAGUCUUCCUUUACUUAAUUGUUUUGUUUGGACAGUUCACUGUUUAUUAUAUGUUUGUGUACAAAGAACAGAACAGCUUUGAGUGAGAGCUCACCCAAUACAUACAAAUAUUGUCACGUCGACUCACAUGAACCUAGUCUAACCUCUCUACAUACCAGCUAUGUGCAUUAUGGUCCUGAGAAAUUAUACACUAGUGCUCUCUAGUGGCUGCUGGGAUACUCAAGAAAUAUGAGACUACAGUGUGUCAUUUGCACAAGCUACAUCCAUAUAAAAAAAUUACAAUGUUUCCAGUGAGUAGGGAGUGUUUCUGUGAAAGUAAUUUAAUUCAGGAAAGAGACAGAGUGAGCACUAUUGACUAUGUCUACUGUUGCAAACACUGGGACAUUAUGCAUGUACAGACUGUUCUUUCACAGCCAGGGGAGGAUGGGAAGAAAUGACUGCAUAAAGAGAAGAGAGAGGUCAUGUCAUUCUGACUGGUAUUUGGUCUGCCAAUAAUUAUUCAUGUUUGCAACUGAACAGGCCCUGCAUGACUCAACUAUAUACAUUAAAUUGCAUGCAUGUGUGUGUGUGUGUGUGUGUGUGUGUGUGUGUGUGUGUGUGUGUAUGUGUGUGUGUGUGUAUGUGUGUGUUGAGUUAAUCUCUUAAUGACCUUUAACCAUUUAACCUGAUGACAGCUAAACAAGACAUCAGUCGGCCAAACAGACUGUAGUCAUUAGUGUGUGUUUGCAAGUGUGUCUGUGUGUAGAAAGUAAGCAAGAAUGAAAGAAAUAUUGCAAAUUAAUAACCUUGUCACAACACAUUUGAGAAAAGAUUAUCCACAAUAUCCUAAAAUCUAAUAAAGUAACAAAAGAGAACACCAGGGAAGAAAAUGGAUAGAGGGAGAGACAGAGGGAGACACAGGAGGAGGAUGGGAGGGGAAAAGGACAGGUGUGCUUAAAAAAACACUCCCAGCAAGUCUGGCCAGUGUUUGAACGUACAUGAACAGCAAGGGAAUGGAGCUGACUGGAAUAGAGAAGAAGAGUCAAAAAAGGGGUAAAGACAACAAGGCCUUUCAGUCAGAGCUUGCUAGAGCAGAAAAUGGAGGCAUUCCAGGGAUACUUGGCAGAGCACAAAGACCAGAUCCGUCUGAUUAUACACCUGGUUUUAGCAGCAGGCUUCGUUGCCAUAGUCAUAGCGGCAUGUGUCCUGAACUUUCGCCGGGCUGUCUUGCUGCUGGUCAUCACCUUGGUAACCGUAUUCUUCCUGGUCUGGGACUGGAUGAUGGAAUGCUAUGGCGACCGGGUGUGGGAGGAGCUCUAUCCUAUCAGAGACCUUCUCAGCAGAAACUGGUUUUGGAUCAGAUGGAUAAUAUCUGUGUUACUGUUGGUGGCUGUGGUGUGCUGGCUGGCACUGGACACAGCCCAGCGAGGGACCAGACAGAUUGUGUCUUUCUUUGGUUUGCUGCUCUUAAUCUUCUUAAUGCUGUUGUUCUCCAAACACCCAUUCAGGUGGUCUUGGCAAACUUUGCUAUGUGGGAUCGGGCUACAGUUUGUCUUUGGUCUGCUGAUCCUCAGGACCAGAUUUGGCUUAGGUGCACUGCAGUGGUUUGGAAAACAAGCAGAGAUGUUGGGUCUAAGUUUGUGUUUGGUGCCAGUUACACAGAACACUUCUUCGUCUUCAAGAUUGGAUUCAUAAUGCAGGUUACCAUGGGAACGUCUCCAGCGGAAUCUAUGGCUGCAGCUGGAAAUAUAUUCUUGGGACAGACAGAGUCACCUCUCUUGAUUCGUCCAUUCAUCAGUGGGCUAACUCAUUCUGAGAUCCAUGCUGUGAUGACAGGAGGUUUUGCUAGCAUCUCUGGAACCAUUUUGGGAGCCUUUAUCUCCUUUGGGGUUGAGGCAACACACUUGUUGACAGCAUCAGUGAUGUCUGCUCCAGCCUCCCUGGCCAUCGCCAAGACAUUCUGGCCUGAAACAGAGACCCCACGUGUAACAGCCAGUCAUGACUUCAAAAUGGACCAAGGAGAGAGUAAGAAUGUGUUGGAGGCGGCAUCCCAAGGUGCAUCUUAUGCUGUGGCUUUAGCGGCCAACAUUGUUGUCAACCUCGUGGCCUUCCUGGCACUAUUGGCGUUUUUCGAUGCUGUUCUCUCCUGGCUGGGCGGGACGUUGGACUGUCCACAGCUCAGCUUCUCGCUUAUCUGCUCCUACGUGUUCAUGCCUCUCUCCUUCAUGAUGGGUGUUUCCUGGGAGGACAGUUUCAUUGUUGCUGAGCUGAUUGGCAUAAAAACAUUUCUCAAUGAGUUUGUGGCCUAUCAGAAGUUGUCAGAGUUAAUUAAGAGGCGGAAAGCAGGUGGGCCAGAAUAUGUGGACAACAUAAAGCAGUAUAUUUCUGUCCACUCUGAAAGCAUUGCAACCUACGCUUUGUGUGGAUUUUCCAACUUUGCUUCCCUGGGGAUGUUGGUUGGAGUGCUGUCGACCAUGGCUCCAGAUAGACGGACUGAAAUCUCCAGCUGUGGCCUCAGAGCUCUGAUUGCAGGCAGCGUCUCUUGUUUCAUGACAGCAUGUAUUGCAGGUAUGUUGUACAUCCCUGAUGUUCACUGUCCAAAUUUCCUGAGCACAGAGUUUAUCAAUACCAGUGUAACCAGCAGCUCACAACUGGUCACCUGCUGCACACAACUUUAUAACAGUGUGACAGUAUACGAGCCGUGGAACGUGACGAUCGGAGAAGGAUUCAGUCAGCGCAGUCUACAACGCUGCUGCAGACUCACACCCCCUUCACACUUCAACUGCAGCUUGGUGCUUUGAAUCACUGUGAACAAAAACACACAUCAAUAGUAGUUUUAAAUGUGAAUAUUUCAAAUGUUUUAAGAUUUAGACUUGAUUUUUUUUUUUAAAUAAAAUUCAUUUUAGUGCACAUGA